AUGAAUGAUCGAGAAGUUUGACGUCAUUAGGAGACAGUCUACGUCAUACCUGUGACGUCGUCCGGAGGCUGGAGGAGGCGGGGCGGUUCCUCCAAAGAUCCCGCGCGGCGCCGCGGCAGCGCGUGUCCACAACAGCAGCCGGAGGAGAGACGGAAGCAGCUCGCGGAACUUUGUUCUCCGGUUUCUGGCAACAUGUGGGCGCGAGCUGUGCUGUGCGCGGCGCUGCUGUCCGCGCUCUGCCCGGCGGGGAGGACGGAAGCCGAGAGGGACGAGAGAGAGGUCCAGAUGUACCAUCACAACUCCAACAGACUGCUCGGCGCUCUGCAUGAAGUGUUGGAGAAGCUGCAGACCAAGAGGAUUAAUCCCUGGGAGAAGAAAUAUGGACAAGUUCCCUCCUGCGACCUGGGAGAACACUGCGCCGUCAGGAAAGGAUCUCGUAUCGGGAAGAUGUGCGACUGUCCCCGAGGAGCUUUCUGCAACUCCUUCCUGCUCAAAUGCAUAUGAGCCGGUUACAUCACACAGCGAGAGUCUAUUUUAACAUGUUUAUUUUCCAAAUAUAUAUAUAUGUAAAGUAGCCUAGAAUAUAAAAUAUAUAAUAAAUCCUUCAUGUUGUAUUAACGGUGUUUUAUUUUGCCUUUUUUUCCAAUGACUCCUCGUUGUUUCACUGCUUUUCUCAAGAUGAUGAGGAGCUGCUGCAGUCACACACACACGUCACACAGGUGGAAGAUUAUUAAAAUAAUAAUCCACAAACAUUUACUGCAAAACCACAAUUCAUCCAGGUCGGAUCUGAAAGUUGUGGCUUUGAAAUGUUCAAGUUUUUCCAUCAGAUUUUAGGGAAAUAAUCUUCACUGUCUGUAGUUUUCUAGUGGAGCUGAAAUGUUUGGUCAAUAAACUGACAGAUAAACUAAAUAUGCUAAUUUUUCUAUAAUCAAUCAGUCAUUUAUCACCUCGUUCCAGCUUUUCCAGUUGUCUCAUUUAAUGGUAAAUUAAAUAUCUUUGAGUUUUGGACUGUUGGACAACAUGAUUGAGAAAACUGGCUGAUUACAGAGUUGCAAUUAAUUGAUUGGUUGAUCAGCAGA